CGCAAGAGCCCCAGGCUUUGACAGCAACCCCUUCAAAUGUAACGGCUCCGUCAUCUAGGACGGGCCCCUCGCAAGGAGGGGCGCCGUCCUACGGACAGUGGCCCUGGCCGGUGAUCAAUGCAAUUGUGCCAUGGGGAAGCCCGCCGCCAGUAGUCGGACCGCAAACAAGUAUACCACCACCCAUCUACCCCGCAGCCCAGGCCCAGCCUGUGGCCCCGCCACCGUCGCCUGCUCCCAGUUCGCAGGGCAGUGUGGCAGGAGGUGGGAACCAGGGGCAGGGCAAUCAAGGCAACGGAGGGAGGGGUGGAGGAAGGGGGCGAGGCAGGAAUGGCGGCGGAAGAGGAAGGCAAUGGAAUGGUCAAGGCCAGGGGUACAAAGGCCAAGGGAAUCAAGGCCAGGGGUACCAAGGCCAAGGGAAUCAAGGUCAGGGGUGAAAAGGCCAAGGGAAUCAAGGCCAGGGGUACCAAGGCCAAGGGAAUCAAGGCCAGGGGUACCAGGACCAGGGGUACCAAGGCCAGGGGUACCAAGGCCAAGGAAAUCAAGGCCAGGGGUACCAAGGCCAGGGGUAUCAAGGCCAGGAGGAUCAGGGAAGUCAGGGGUACGGAAGACCCCGUUUGACUGGAGGACGGUCAUCUGUCAACAUUGUGACCAGCAAGGUCACAUUAUAAGGUUCUGUAAUAUAAGACGGGAAGACGAGAGGAGCGAGCUGAUUUCCUCCACUAUGGAUGGGAACAUCUAUGAUAAGUUUGGGGAGGCCAUUGAUAGAAGGCUUGGAGGAGUGAGGGUUGAAGCCCAACGAAAAGCGGCGGCUGGGCCGCCACCCCCGACCAUGUUCAGGCUAUGGCAGGAAAAGGAGGAACCACCGAUUGGGGUGGAGGAAGUGGGGAGCAAUGAGGAAGUGGCUCAAGGACUACAAGGAGGGAGAAAGAAGGAAGAGUCCGUAAUCAUUGAGCCAGAUGACGAGAAGAAGGAGGAAAGGAUGGAGCCUUCGUCCGUCUUAUUUGGGAAGAUGGAGGCCCUGCUGGAUAAGAUGGGGAGGUACCAACAGAAAUUGGUGGGCCUCUGCGAGGAAGUGAAGAGAUGGAGGUCUAACAUCCCCAAGGUGUUCCUCUAUGACUCCGGCCCGGAGUCAGCGCCUGGGCGACCCGGAGUAAAUGUAGUAGGGUCGUGCCCACAAUCGGGAAUGAUGGGGAGACCCCUCACCCUGCACGCCCGGCUGGCGCAGGCAGCACGAACGAGAAAUCAAGCCAGAGUCAGCGCCAGCCAAGAACCUCCAAGGAGGGAGCCGGAACUAGGAAAGAGGAAAGAGGCCGUGGAAGUGGAGGAUGAUGAUGAUGAAGAGGAAGAAGACGAGAGGCUGCGCCAGAAAGAGGAUCAGAGAGCGGAGGAGCGGACAAGGAAAAAGGGAGUCAGGGGAGAGGCCGAGCCGAUCAUACGUGACGGACCAACCAAAAAGAAAAAAUACGCGGUUCGGUUGGAAGAGGGAUUUGACGUAGAGAAAGUGAUCGACCGGCUGUUGGAGGGGCAUAAUGACCUCAUGACCCUAAAGAAAUCCUACGAGAAGGGUCGGAGGCCGGAUGUGAAGAAGACGGACAAGAUUACUGAGUUGCCAGUCCCGUUCCACUCAGCAACUGAUGUCAGAACCUUCCUUGGUACGUGUGGAUUUUGGAGGGCCUUCUUCAAGAAUUUUGCCGCUAAGACUGAACAUCUGAGGAAGUUAGUUCGUCAGGACCAGGAAUGGGUUUGGGGUGAAGAACAAGAAGAGGUGGUAGCCAGAAUGAAGGAAAAAUUUCGAAAAGGAGGGUUGGUGUUAGGAGCGCCAGAUUAUGACGCCACAGAGACGCGACCCUUCAUUGUCGAAACGGAUGCGGGGCCGACUGCUUUACGGGGAGUUCUAAUUCAGGCAGACAUGGAAGGAAAGGAAAGGCCCUUGCGAUUUGAGAGUCGGACUAUCUGUACGACGGAGAGGAACUACUCUCAGUUCAAGAGGGAGACCCUUGUCGUCCUCCAUUGUCUGCGAAUCUUCCGAAACUACAUCUUCGGCAGGAGGUUUAUUUUGAGAGUGGAUCYGACCGCCCUGGCCUACUCUCUAAGGAAUUACGUUCCAUCGGAUCCGACGGUUGCCAGAUGGCUGACGUACAUCUGGAUGUUCAAUUUCGAAUUGGAACGGAUACCUGGCAGUAAGAACCGGGCAGACGGGCUGAGUAGGAUCAACUGGGAUAAACAGGAAGGGGAGGCAAUGGAGGAUACGCCCCCAGUUGAUGGAUUUCUAGAUGAGGAAGAAGAUGUUCGUCUCCACAUCAAUAAGUGGUCGUCGCGAGUGCCCAGCUGUGUAGGCUAUCUUAUUUGGCAAACGCCGAGUGGGUAUGAACGGAGGAAUGAGCUAGUCCUUAAGCCCUUUGAGGAAGAGGAUCCCUGGGGUGGUAAGGAUGUUCAGUGGAUGAUGGAGCUAGCGCUGGCCACCUCGCAUAGCCUGGUGGAGGAUAUGAGGACGAUUGAGGAAGGACCWGGCCAGGUAGAACGACAUGAAGACCUGAUGGGAGGAAUGUAUCUCCUCGUUAACACAUUAUUGCAGGAAAGCCUUGGCCAGUCAGGCUCGUUGAACCCGGCAGGGAAUGUGGACGAAGUGCCCGAGAGCCAGGACGACGAGUUCGAGGAAGGGGAGAUCAAGGAGGCUUUUCGUGCAGAGGAGUACGACGGGAUCUACCUAGAGCGGGGGCUUCUUUUGUCAUGUGAAAUACGGCUAAGGGAUGCAAGUGAUAGAGCUCAGAGGAUGCUGCAGCGCCAUUUAGUGCGAGACGACCACCUUUUCAUGAAAAGAGAAGUGGGGAAUCCAAGGAGAGUCGUCUGCGGUAGGAAUCGUCAGAUCGACGUCGUAGCAGCGCUUCAUGAUGACAUUGCAGGAGAGCAUUGAGGGGUACAAGCCACGUAUGCCAAGAUA